ACGCGUGGGAAGAGAAGGACGACCUGUUGUAAUUACUGUCAUCAUUAAAUAUAGUCGUUAAAGCUUCUUAGUUUAAUCGAUUUCUAUGUCUUAGAAACAAAAACGUUUUUAAUUGUUUAAAAAACAUCAAAUCGAAACUUCUACAACUUUUGUUUAACAUCUAUAGUAAGACAAGCAACACGUAUGUCGGAGAAACACAAACCUUGGAUUCAUCAUUGUUGAUAAUCAGAUCGCUAAAAUGGAGGACAGUGGCGAUGAUUAUCGAGAGUUACUCGAGAAACACCGAGUUGAAAUUGUCAAAAGUUUGGACCUCGACCGCCAGUAUAUGCUAAGCCAUUUGAGAAGUAAAUUCGUUUUAGACGACGAAGACAGCCAAAUGAUUUUAAAUGCUGGGUCAAGCAGACAGCAAAAGACAUCGAAAUUCAUAGAUAUAUUGGCUACAAAAGGACCACGCGCGUUUAGUUAUUUUAUACAAGGCCUUGAGAUCGAUCAUCCACACUUGUAUGAAGUGGUUACGGGCCAAAGACCUCUCGGUAAAUAUCCGAACACCACUCCAUCACAAGUAAUACCUUGGUCAGUUUUAACCGAUAAACAGUUGCUGGACUAUGAUCGGGAAUAUCUUGUAAAAGAACUCGCAAAGAUGUCCGAAGCAAACACGACCAUGGCAUAUAUGCAGAAAAAGCUAAUGACCGAAAAACACCUUGUCGAAAAGAAAUACGAAGAACUUAUGAACGAACGUGUCAAUCAGGACGCUGUCAUUAAAGACAUGCAGGCCGAGCUUGAUCGAAAACUCGAAUCCUCAGUGAGAAAAACAGACGAUUGGAAGGAAUUGCAAAAAUAUGUUAACCAUUGCCAAGAUCUGACUCGAGAUAGUGUCGAAAAAAGCAACAUAAUUAUAAAUUUACAAUCCCGGCUUUUGGCUGUUACCGAAGAUAUCGAGAACAACACCAAGCGAAACGAAGAACUACGAAGGAAAAACGAAAGCCUUAUGCAACAAGUACGGGAUUUAACGAUUAAUUACGACUGGCAACGAACACAAUCUAAGCGUUUAUACGCGCAAGUCGAUCAAAAUAACGAUGCUUUAAGAAAAGCCAACAGCACGCAGAAUGAAACGUAUCAAUUGAAGUUCCAACUGGCACAUGUUACUGAGGAGCGCGACGAAGCUCUCCAUCGCAUGAACGAAUUUAAGAAUGUUAUGCAAGCUUUGAACGUCAAACUUGACAUGUUGCAACAGGAGAAGAGUAGUAAAGAACUAACUCGUGGUCAGGUAUCUGAACAACACUUGCAGAUGAAAGAAAAUAUAAAUAAGCUUGAAGAAGAGCUAAAAGAGGAAAAAAACAGAGUCGAGUCGUUUCGACGUCGAAACGAAAAGUUGCGGCGGGAGAUCGAAACGCACAAGGAACAACGCGAUUUCUACCUCACGGAGAGAGAGCACGCAAUAAGGAAUCGUGACCAAGUCAUGAAAGAACGUGAUGAGGCAUUGCGCUUUAACAAAGAGUUACAGAAAUCCCGAGAUGAGGCUGUGAGAAAGCAGAUUGAAAUGGCUUCUCAGUUUGAAAAAAGAUCUGCUGAUGCGGCUUUAGAAUUAGAAAACUUGCGGGAAGAGAAUAAGAAAAUGGAACUAAGUAAAAUGAUGUACCAGAACGACUUGAACAAAUUAAAAACAGAAUCAAAAGAGAGCAAUUUAAUUAAACCUUCUGAUGAAUCCUCCACUUUCAACUCCGAUGAUGAGACUCAAGAAGAUGAAACGACGGAAACCGCAUACCCAUGGAGGGAUCGAACCAAAACAGAAGUGCUACAGAGUGCUUACAGAAAGCUGGACAAGAAAAACAAACCAAAUCCACACCAACUGAAACCUUUGAAAUACAGGGAGAUGUUUAUGGUGUACGAUACACUUAGUGGCUUGAAGUCACCCGUCUCUGAAGUUAUGGAGAGUCAAUUGCUAUUUACAGGCGCCAAUGCUUCUGCAAAGGUGGAAAAGAGUGAGUUAGGCGUGACGAAAAAAGCUGACAAGAAGUCGAAUACGAGACACCAUUACCAUACCAUUCAAAACCUUUAUCCGGUGAAUACUGGGUACGAUAUGACGCAACAUCUGCAGUACACAGCUGCUGAAGUACCAUCCAACGGAGGUUUUUUAUCAAAAUCAUUUGAUGAUUCGCAACACCGCAAAGUAUCGCGACAACCUGCAAUGAGUCCAGAAUUAUCCAAACGGAGGAGUGCUUCCAUGCUACCGUUACCGAAGUCAGGUAAUUUCUCAGCAAAUGAAUUGUUUGAUGGAAUGCCAAAAAGUCCAAAACCGGAACCAAGAGUAAGGGCUAAUGCAAUCGCUGAUUCACGUAACACACACCGGAAAUCAUAUCCAAACGAUGAGGGAAAAAAAAUGACGCGAAGAGCUAGUGAGCCGUGCUUGUAUAGUGGUAAUUAGAAUUGUGAACGGUAUUUAUCUAAGCAUGAUUUGAGGAAAAUGUAGGGGCGGAGACAGGAGACACAUUUGAAAGUCCCGUUGUGUAUAUAACUGAAAUUACUUGACAGUAUUUUGUGAUAUUUAUUAAAAAUGUACUUUUAUUAAAAUACACUUAUUCAUAAUA